AUGGCCUACAACUUCUGCAGUGGCUACCGGAGUCCGCUCUUGAUGACAGACUCGUCCCAGCGAUUGUCCUUAGGCAGUCUAUUAUCUAAAGCCCCCUCUAAGGCCUCUGACCGCGUGCCCUUCUAUACGCUUCCUCCCUCGUCUGCAUUGAGAAACAAAUUACUGCCCUAUGAGGGGCUCGCUACACUGCCCUCCGGACCAGCAAGCCCCGUCUUGACGUCUUCGCCUCGACCAGCGCUCGAAACGUAUCACCAUCCACGGUGCUCGAAAGGUCCUCCCAAGACUACACUGUUUGAGCGUAGUCGGCAUUAUAAUGAGAACGAUCUGAGUGAACCGGAACUCCCCAUUCUCUCAGUUUCCCAAUACGAGCCUCUCGCCAAGUCCACUAUUGAACUCUUGUACCUCAACCAUAUGAAACUGUCCAUAUGGCCUCCACGCGAUAUCUCCGCCAACCGCAUCACUGUUCGCAAGUUUUGUAGACGGCGACGGGAUGAAGAAGACCUGAUAAUCGAGUUUCCACAACCAAUGAAUUUUGUGAGCUGCCUUCUCCUCAAGGACAUUCCAUUACGCAAAGCCCUCCAGCCCUUUGUUUUGCUGGCUCUAAGGAGCUUUUAUGAGCCAUACAGGAGCUACAGGAGCCGAAUCCGUCUUUCAGAGCUUAUUCAUCACCUCUUGAAGGACCUCACUGAUCUUUAUUUUCUCGUUCUUUCUCUUCAUGCUUUAAACCUCAACAUGUCUGCUUGCCGUUUUACAUAUCCUGGUGGGAGGCUAAUUGGAUCGUCGCCAACUGAGCGAUCCUCGCUGCGGAAGUUGAUCCAGGAACAGCGACCGAAUCCAAGUUGGGCCUAUUAUAUGAAGAGAUAUCCACAGAUGGGUGGCUUCAAAAAGGAUGAGUUGGAGUCAGCAGCCGUGAAACUUCCAGGGAACCUGAUCUUUGUAUUUCGAAGUUAUGCUGAGGGAGCGUGA